AUGACGGUCGGUCUUACGAGUACGCUGCAGUUCAUCGCCGGCAAUUCGGCGCAGUACAUGAAGACUGGACAGGCCCCGGGGGCUGCCGGUUCGACGGCUGGCUGCCCGGACGGGAACAACAAUGAGAUGGAGGAUGAUCACUCCGUGAGCAACCGGGAUGUCGACAGCUAUCUCAAGCACUACAACCGUUGGCAGCAGUCCGCUUGGGGCCGCAAGCUUUCCAUCCUGCUGAAACAGUACUGCGGCUACGAGUUCGAUGCCGAAAUCAAGUGGAACAAUGUGCUGAUGAUCGGGACCUUUCACGUGAUCGCCAUAUGCGCGUUUCUGUACUACUUCUGGCAGGCGACGCUCGUUACGUAUUUAUGGGGUUUCUUCGUUGGGGGCUGUGCCGGGUUCGGCGUGACCGGUGGUGUGCACCGGCUCUGGUGCCAUCGUUCAUACAAGGCGAAGCUGCCGCUGCGCAUCAUCCUGAUGUGCUGCUACUCGAUCGCCGGACAGAACACGAUCUACGACUGGGUCCGGGAUCACCGCAUCCAUCACAAGUACUCGGAAACGGACGGUGAUCCACACAACGCCAGCCGGGGCUUCCUGUACGCGCACGUCGGCUGGCUGAUGCUUCGCAAGCACCCGGAGUGCAUCAAGAAGGGACGGCUAAUCGAUAUGUCGGACAUCGUCAGCGAUCCGGUCGUGCAAUUCCAUCACAAACACUUUGUCCUAAUGAAGCUGCUCUUCUGCUUCUUCCUGCCCACAUUCAUCCCCUGGUACGUGUUCGGAGAAUGUUUCCGAAUGGCGUUCUUCAGCCAAUGCUUCGUGCGGUACGUGAUGAGCCUGAACUUCACCUGGCUGGUCAACAGUGCCGCACAUCUCUACGGUGCCCAUCCUUACGACAAGCGCAUCAAUCCGGCGGAAAAUCGUGCAGUUUCCGUGGUGGCGAUGGGCGAGGGUUGGCACAACUAUCACCACGUGUUCCCGUGGGACUACAAGGCGGCCGAGCUGGGCAACUACUCAGUCAAUGUGACCACCUUCUGGCUGGACGUGUUCGCCAAGAUUGGCUGGGCGUACGAUCUCAAGGAGCCGUCGAAGGAUUUGGUGCGUAGGACGAUUGAGAAAUACGGUGAUGGCACACACAUCACGGCCCGGAUCGGACACAUGGAAGAGGUGCCAGCACCGGAGGACUCCUGAGCCUUCCACCCAGCGCGCAUGCCAAAGUGUUUCCAU